AUGCUAGUGAAGCUUUUGCUUGUCUGUAAUACAAUAGGAUUGGCAAACCUAGUUGAACACUCAGCCCAUCAUCGGCAUCAUGAUGGUCCAGUGCACAGCUCAAAGCAACGAAUUUAUGACACCUCUGCCUACCCUCAGAGGACUCCUCUAUCACACAAGGAAGAAGGUUAUUGGGAGGCAGAAGGGCUCAAGGAGGAUAAUCAAGAUUACCCUUCAAGUGUGAUCUACUCACACCAGGAAGAGAGAGGGGAUUUUGAAGCUGUGAGCCCACAGUCCCGAAAUGGGAACUGGUGUUCCUUCAUGCAGUCCAGGCUGGUAACAUACAUAGAAGCCUGCAUGAAGGAAAAGUACAUUGUCAACUCCCAACAGCCCUGUCUAAAUGGAAACCCAGACUGCCAGAAGAUCAUGUACAGGACAGCUCUGAAGCCAGUCUACCAAGUGAAACAGAAGGUUUUGAAGUCUUUGCAGUGGAAAUGCUGCCCUGGAUUUAUUGGCAAGGACUGUGAACAGCGUGAUCCUAAUUUUGUUCUGGUGCCAGGAACUGAAACUGAAGGACGAGAAGAAGAGUUCUCAAACCACAUGUCAACAUCAGUGGAUUCGAGAGAAAUGUUGGAAGUCAUUCAAAAUCAUGAGGCUUUACUGGAUGAUCUGCAAAGUGAUAUUCAUCAAGCAGUCAGCAACUUAGGUGACUUACAGAGACUAUUUGAAAACAACGGUACAAGCAUGGUGUUAGAAGGGAACCAGAGCAAUUCAGAUCUACAGGAAAGGCUUCUGCAGCAAGUUUUGUUUCCCACUGUGGAGAAUUUUCUAAAGAAACAUUUUAACCCCAUGUGGGCAAGCUUCAACAGAAGCUUACAGAACCUCUCCAACAUAGUAAGAAACCUCUCCCAUGACGUGGAAGCCAACAAGAAAAACAUAGAAAGAUUCCAGGAGAGCACCGUGCCCAAGAAGGAAUUCCAGGAGCUGGGAACUAAAUUUGAAUCAAAAGUCCAAGAAAAUGUUGUGAAAGUUGAUCAGGUGAAAAGAGAUAUAGAGAACCAGUUGCACAUGCAGCAGGCUAGUGUUCACUACAAUCUCAGCAUGAUCAAGGCAGAUACAGACACAAAGUUCAAGAAGUUUCAUAAGAUCCAGCAGUCCCAAUUCUUAGCUUUGAACAACAGCAUUGCUAACAUGAAACAAGAACAAAACAAUCUGGAAAAUCAACUGGAGACUUUGAAAAACAGUUUAUCAGAACUCUCUUCACAUAAUGGUCCCAAAGACGAAAAUAGCCAGUUAAGCAUCAGACAAAUAAAUGACAUUUUGUCAGGGCAUGGAAAGCAGCUUAAAGAACUUCACAUGGAGUCAGACGUGGCCUUUCAGAAUAUUGUAGUUUUAGAGAGGUGGUUUAAGGAGUUAAAGAAAAAUAUCUCAAAGUAUAGACCAGAAGAUGUUACAACAACUUUAAUGGAGAAAUCACUGAUUAUGGAAGAAAACAAUGCAGCAAUGGAAAGGCAGAUAUCAGAGCUCAACUACACUCUCUCAAACCUUCGGGAAAACUACUCAGACCUGUUGAGGUACAUGGAGGAAUGUAAUUGCCAGAGAAUAUCUUCUGACACUGAUAUACUGGAGGAAGAUUUAAAGAAUAUCACUUAUUCCCUUGAAGAUACCCAGUCAAAGGAUAUGAAGCACUUAGAGUCAGUUUUCAGAGAUCUCUUGAGGAAUGAAAUUGAAGAGCUCUCCUCAGCUCUUCCAUCUAUCCAUCAGUCUCUGAAUCUCCGUCAAGAAGAAAACAGACAGCUUCAGUCACAAGUUAAGGCUUUUUCACAGGACAUAGACUUCUUGAAGAAGAAAGAUGAAGAAAUUCAUCGACACAUCAAGUAUCUCAACAGUUCUUUCAUCUCUCUUUUGGAAGAUGCCAUGCGGCAUGAAACAGCACUGGAGGCUCUACUGGGAGAAGAAUUAAUGAAUGUCCUCUUUGAAGGUGAUUCUAGUAUCCUAAUAUCAUCAGUAUUUCAGCUGCAAGAAUCUCUCAGACAUACCUCAGAUAAACUCCAAGAGCAAAAUGUGACCUUAGAAUCUCUUAUAAGGAGAUUUCAUCUCUUGGAGAGAGGUCAACAGAAUAAUCACGAUGUUCGUACAUCUCCUAAGCACCCCAAAGAAGAAAUACAAACAUCCUCCACUCCAGAUGAAGUCAGUAGUCAACGCAGCAUCAUAGAACACAUGGAACCUAACUAUGAGGCUGCCAGAGAUGACUCCCUGGAUAGUUCAGCUUACAAUGAUAUCAUGACCCUGAAGAAUGAUAUCAAGCACCUGAGCCUGGAAAUCAAGAGGCAUGAAUCCAGAAGUGAUGUGAGUCUCUGCUGCAAUCAUACAAUAGCAAAUGUAAUUGAGCCACUCAACACUUCUGUGGGAAUUCUCUCUGCAGAUUUAGCAACCAUCAAGCAGAAUCUGAAGGAACAUCUGCUGAUUUUCAAAAAGCUAUUUGGAAGUAAUGAAGAAUUAGUUGCCUCAAAUAUAAGUCUGGAUGUUACAAAAAUUCAGUCGAUGAUGACCAGAAAAGUGAGAAGGCAACAGAAAGGUCAAGACAAGCAAAGAGACAAGAAAAGGCCUGAGAAGCACAGAGAACAUAUGCAAAUGAUAAGUGGAAGAAAUGCAGUGCAGACAGGACUUUUGGAAAAAGACUCAUUGGUGGCAUUCCAUGUGGGAGUCUCAGAAGGAAAGCAUAAAGACAAAACUGUGAGGUUUAAUGAAACUUACCUCAAUUAUGGAAACAGCUAUUUCCCUGAGCAUGGCCACUUUAAAGCACCACACAAAGGUGUCUACCUGUUUGUCAUCUCCGUGGAGUUUAGUUCAGGACCAGCACUGGGACAACUCUCCUUUAGCCGUGGGUACAAAAGAACUCUCUCGAGUAGUCAGAGGAAAACACCAAAUGGAAACACCAUGACUACUUUUGCUCUGGCAGAAAUGGAGAAGGGGGAGACAGUAUGCUUUGAAUUGCUGCAGGGUUCUGUAGUGAAACGAAGUCCACCUGGGACAACUAUGGGUGGAUUCCUAAUAUCUAAAACUUGAAUAGAGACAUUUGUGUUUUAUUGAUCUCUUUCCAUAGAUGCAAUGGAUCCAUUCACUAUUGCUUCAUCUGUGAUGUAUUCAGUCCUACUGCAUGUGUUUAAACAUAGCACUACCC